AGACAACAGGGUAAUAAAUUAUAGUAUAUUCGUGUAAACGUAUACUUACAUAAAUAAUAAUAAUCAGUUUUUAAAAACUACUGGUACACACAAUGUGGUGGGUAAAUUUCAAAAACAUUAUGUUGAAGUAAAGAAGCCAGGUACGAAAGAGAACAUACUAUAUAAUUCUAUUAAUAUGAAUUUCAAGAAAUGGCAAAACUAAUCUUUAAUGAUAGGAGGAGAAGUUAGAGUGGUUGUUUCUGUAGGGAUUUACUGGGAAGUGGCACAAGAAACUUUAAGGAAUGGAAAUGUUUUAUCUUGAUCUAGGUGGUGGCUGGAUGGGUGUAUUCAUACUUAUAAAAAAGAUUGAACUGUACAGUUAAUAUUUAUACAUGUAUUGAAUAUUUCACCUCAGUUUUAAAACUAUAAUACCUAAUAUUAUACCUAAUAAUAGUAAUUGUAGUUGCCUAUUGAUAACAGCAACUAAUAACACUUAUUGAAGCUUUACUGUGUGCCAGGGAUUUUCUAAGCACUUAAUUCCCUAAUACAUUAUGAGGUUUUAUUGUUUUCUCCAAUUUUACAGACAAGGAAACUGAGGCAUGGAGAGGUUAAGUUCACUUACCCAGUGUAACACCUUUGGCAGUCUGGUUUUGGAUUCUGUCCAACCACUGUGUGGCACUGCCCAGGAGCAUGAGCUCCAUUUCACUGACACUCUUUCCUUCCUGCUCAGAGAUGUGCUGAAUUUCCUGCGCUCAGGGGACCUGCCACCCAGGGAGCAUGUUCAGGCUGUGUACAAAGAGGCCCAGUACUAUGCCAUCGGGCCCCUCCUGGAGCAGCUGGAGAACAUGCAGCCUCUGAAGGGCGAGAAGGUGCGCCAGGCAUUUCUGGGACUCAUGCCCUAUUACAAAGACCACUUGGAGCGGAUUGUGGAGAUUGCCCAGCUGCGUGUGGUCCAGUGGAAGGCCCGCUUUGCCAAGCUCAAGGUCUGUGUCUUCAAGGAGAAGAUGCCCAUCACCCCGUUUGAGUGUCCGCUCCUCAACUCCCUGCGCUUUGAGCGGAGUGAGAGUGACAGGCAGCUCUUUGAGUACCACUGUGAAGUGGAUGUGUCUUUUGGGCCCUGGGAGGCUGUGGCUGAUGUUUAUGACCUGCUGCACUGCCUGGUCAUGGACCUCUCAGCCCAGGGCCUCACUGUAGACCACCAGUGCAUCGGGGUGUGUGACAAGCACCUCAUGGACCACUACUACUGCAAGCGCCCCAUCUAUGAGUUCAAGGUCACAUGGUGGUGAGUAGCCCUGGUAGGCAAGAGUCCCAUCAGGGAGGAUGUCCACCCUGCUUGGCAGCUCUGGGAGUAAGAUCCCUGAAGGGGCUGCUGACUGCCCCAGAAUCUGCCAAGGUGAGGACCAAGUCCUGAGGCACAGCUCCCAGGGGACAGAGCUGCCACUCCAGUCUCCCUGGCUGCACCUCAGGGUCAGGCUCAGGGCUUGCAGCUGCAGGGACUUGGGCCUGCACUCACCUGGCCUUUCCUCAAGGCCUGGUAGUCUUUCCUUAA